UGUAUCUCCAUGGUAGCAUCAGUGUGUGUCCAGCGCUGAGGAGGAGAGGUGUUCUUGUGCUCUGCACACACCAACACUCCAUGCUACUACCCGCUCACCUCACCCUACUAAUUUAUCAUUUCACCUGCGAGGCCUGAAUAAGACGAGCAGAAAAUUAGAAUCUAAUCAGUGGCUAUGGAUGAUAGAGGUAAAGCACAGGAAACCAGUUAAGUGAGGGUUUGAAUUAGUGUGAGGGAAGCGAGCAUCAGAGGUCCAUCUGCGGGUGUGGUGGGUGAGGCAGCCACCAUCAACUAUCUCUACCUUUUAUUGCACACUCAACUCAUCCAAGUGAGAUUUUUAAGAUACAACAGAGUGGUUGAGGCUGCUACCAGCACAAUGGGAGCAGUGUUCAGUGUGUUGUGGAGUUGGUUCUCACCUAACUCAAAGGUGGUACAGGUGAAAGCCAUGACGUUCUCAGAGGAGCAGGACCUGGGACCUGAGGCAGACGUGGCCGACGCUACCACAGGUCUCACCCUGCGUCACCGCACAGCCAUAGUCAGGACCUGGGACCUGGUCAGACCUGACCUCAAGGAACAUGGUGUCAAUUUCUUCCUCAGGUUGUUCCAGGACGCUCCCCUCAUACAGACCAGGUUCAAGGGCUUCGUUGGCUUGACGGAGGAUGAACUUAGGACCAACAAGCGCCUUGUUGCCCACGGCACCACGGUACUGAUGGCAAUAACGAGCAUGGUGGACAACAUAGACGAUGUGUCUGUGUUGGUGGAGCUGUUGAAGAACACUGGUGCCAACCACAACACUAGAGGCAUACCCAAGGACGACUUUGCGCUCUUGUUCCCGGUGCUGCUAAACUAUCUGAAGGACAACCUGGGUUCUGCCUGGACGCCACUGGCUGAGGAAGGAUGGAAGCAAGCGUGCAAGGUGAUACACGCUGUUAUCAUCUCUUCCUACGACACUCCUUGAUUCACCCUCCUCCUGACCACACAUUUCACGAGUUUAUUGUAUCGAAUAAACAAGAAAUUUGUUUGAAAGAUUUAUUGGUACAUUUUUUUAUAUGCACUCACGACCUUGUCUUAUUAAUGGUGUCUUCAGUACGACCAAUGUUUUAAAAAUUUAUGGCUCCAGUAUCCUGCAUUUAAAGCUAAUUUUAUACCUUACUAAAAUAAUAAACUUUUGAUUAUUGUACAGUAUUUCAAAAAAUAUUGAAUUAU